UGGGGUGAACCUAAACAAUCACAAAGCGAUGCCGAGGGUUCUGCCGCCGGGUCUGCCCCAAGCCUCCAGACAAAGGACGCGAUUCCGGAUGAGCGACGUCGCGGAGGACUCCUGGCGGCAGCUCGGGUGUCCAGCAGGUCGCAGCAGCAGGUGCUGGGGCGACCGCCAGACUGAGCGUAUAUUUAGUGGCACAGUGACGGCGGUGGGACUGAGGGUACCGCGGGGCGUGAGGGGGGGCGGGGGCGGCGCAGGAAGGGGCACAGCAGGCAGGGGGCGCCGCGGCGGGGGUAGCGGGGGCCAGGCGAGAGCGUGCCCGACGUCUCACAGUGCCAGCAGGACUGGCGGUGUGAGCGUGUGGUGGAUGUAA